UAGCUAUAUUUAACUACAAUGCCAUCCAUACGUGAGUGCUGAAUAGGGCGGUGGGUGCAGAUAGACCAUGUAAUGUAAUACACCAUGGGCAAGAAGCAGAAGGCUGCUGCCGCCAAGAACAAGAAGAAAACUGCGGCCAACCACCGCAAAGCUGAGAAGAAAAAGCUAAUCGCAUCUAAUGAACAGUAUAAUAAUGAUACACGCAACUUUGUGCCCUCCCAGGCCAAGGGCUGUCAUGUGGCCUGCAUGGACUCCAAGUGGAUUGUGGGUUUGGAUCGGUUCAGGUCGGCAGACUUUGGAGACGGCGACAUCCCUGACAUCUCUGUCGACCCAACUGAUGGCCUGUUGUCAUUCGUCAACACGUCGGACAACUGGAGGUCGUACAAUAUAUCCACAGGUCUAACAGCAAUAAGCGACGGCGGGGACAUACUUGAGGCCGGCGCAUACGGCUCAUGUACAGUCAGCGGUAACGACGCGCGCAGCUCAUGCACCACUUUUGUGGCAGUACUACCCCCCCACACCAUCAUGGACGUGUGCUAUCUCGAGCCCAAUGAGUACACACGCGAGGAGGAGUUUGACCUCCAGUCUGAUAUAAAGAACCUGACGGACCAUCCGGGGAAGUCAGACAUGGGCACGGAUACUGACACACCUCAGGAGGGUACUGUGGAGAAGGAGAGUGACGGAGACAAUGAUAUGCCGGCGUCAGUGUUCUUCCCCAAACCCACUACAGCAGCCACAACCAACACGGCCACUGACAGCACCUGCGCUCCCACUGGAAACGAUGACGAAGCUAAAGACUUCCACGCGAAGCAAUCGAGCCAAAGCACACACACCGAUGAGACGUCCAGUGCAAGCGAUGUAGGCAAACCCCAACUGAGCCGUCCGCCACAGAAUGUGAUCACCAUAUCCGCUGGCAAUCAGAAUAUCCAAGUCCCCGUGUACGCCUUUCCGCUGGGCGAAGGGGGGUUUGAAGAGGCCUAUUUGUGCUCACAGGGCAUCAAUGGAGCCUUCACGCAUUACUUUUCUGGUACACUUCACGCCAUCGACCUGGCGUGUGCUCCGGGAACGCCCGUGCGUGCUGUUGCUGACGGGGAGGUGAUGAGCAUUCAGCAGGCCAACACGGAGGGAGGCAUCCACAUAUCACUUCUUUAUAAAUGGAACUCGAUGAUGCUCAAACUGGAUGACGGCCGAUUUGUCGAAUAUGUACACACUCAAACGGACAGCGCCCGCGUCGCAGUAGGCGACCGCGUCACUGAGGGGGACAUUCUGUGCUUGUCCGGAAGCGUCGGGUUCUGCCCGUCACCGCACCUGCACAUCCAAGUGCACCAAUCAGAUGCCUCAAAUGCCGACACCAUCAUGUUUGCCUUAAAAGGACAAGGCGGGAAACCGUUCGUGCCCGUAGCCGGCAACUACUACAAUAGCUAUGGACUUACCCAGAAAGCAUUACAGUGAGAACUAGCACUGUAAACUACUACAAUAGCUAUGGGCCUACACUGAAAGCAUUAAAGAAUGAACUAGCACUAUGAACUACUACAAUAGCUUUGGGUAUGCACCGAAAGCAUUAAAGUGAGAACUGCCACUGUGAGCUACUACAAUAAAUAUGGGUCUACACCGAAGCAAUAAAGUGACAACUAC